UUCAGUAGGCAGGAUUCAAUUUUUCAUAACAUGCAGAUUUCAAAAAUCAUCAGUAGUAUCGAAAUAUGUCUUAUUCGCACAUUUUAUAUCCCAUUUAAACUUUUUUUUUAGACAAAUGCAAGAAGCAGUUUAGAGGUUUUAAAGGAUCAUGCAAAAUGACUGCAAAGUGUUGGAUUUAUCUGCUGCUCCUUGGUCUGUGCUGCCAUCUGGAGAUCCAACCUGCUGCCUGUAAACCUCACUGGACAGCGCAGUUUCUCUGUGAUGUGACAACCUCCAAUUCCUCUGAGGUCCGAUUUGACUGCAGUGGCCGCGCCCUAGAAUGGGUACCUAGUGGGAUAACCAGUAAUGUUACUGCUCUUGAUUUAUCAAAAAAUGACCUGAAGACCAUUAAGGCUCAUGCAUUUUCCAACCUGCUGAAUCUGACUUCUCUCAAUCUCAACUUGGCAAACAUGUACAAGAAAGUGGUCUUCAAGGCAAGCCUUAGAAACCUAACAAAACUGCAAGAUUUGAAAAUGAGUGGCAAUGGCCUCGAAGAAAUCCCAAGCUACCUACCUGCCAGUUUGGAAAUCCUUGAGCUGAGCAGCAACAACAUUACAAAUAUGAAUCAAACGAGCUUUGCCAGCUUACGAAACCUGACGCAACUGUGGUUAUCCAAGAACUGUUACUACUGGAAUCCGUGUGGCAAACCUGUGAAAAUCCAAAAUAACACUUUUACCCACAUGACCAAAUUGAAAAAUAUGGAUUUGUCUUAUAACAACUUAAGUAAUGUUCCCAAAGGACUACCCCAGUCUUUAGAAGUGCUUAAUGUGAGUUGCAACAAAAUACAGUUCAUAUUUAGGGAGGAUUUAUCUGGCUUGAAUAAUUUAAAACUUCUUAAGAUACAAGGGAACUGCCCCAGAUGUGAAAAUGCGCCAUUUCCCUGUGUGCCUUGCCCUAAUGGUUCCCUUGGAAUUGACCCUGAUGCAUUUGAAAAUCUGUCUGAACUUGAGGAAAUCAAUAUGGGGGGAAACUCCCUAGAGUAUCUGAAUCCAUCGUGGUUUAAGAACCUGAGGAAGCUUAAACAUCUUCUCCUUUCAUUUAACUUUUUGCUCAGAGAAGUCACUGGAAGGGCUGAAUUUCUGCGAUACCUCCCAAGGCUUGAAGUGCUUGAAUUUUCUUUCAACUACGCUUUAAAAAGUUAUCCUAACACAAUUAAUCUUUCAACUGAGUUUUCAAAUCUUAAGUCAUUACGAACUUUGCAUAUGGAGGGUUUGGUCUUCCAGAAUAUUCAACCGGAUACGCUCAAGCCUCUCUAUGAAAUUCGAAAUCUAUCUGCUUUGAAUUUGGGGACUAACUUUAUUAUUCAGGCUGAUUCCACUGUUUUCAACAAAUUUCAUCCAUUGAAAAUGAUUUAUUUGGCAGAAAACAGGCUGUAUCCCACUCCACAGAGACAGCUUUCAAAUUCAGUAGGGAGAUAUGUUCAAAGGUCAGACAUCUCUGUUUCUUCAUAUUUUAAACUUCCUCCAAAAGACUUCACCUUUGAAUUAACCCAUGGCCUUAUAAAGCAACAGUGCUUUGACUCUGGACGGGUUCUUGUCCUCAGUUCAAAUAACUUGUUCUUCAUCUCACAAAAACAAUUUGAAGGUUAUGGAGAUAUUGCAUGUCUGAAUCUAUCCAGCAAUGGAUUCUCUGCUGCACCAAAUGGCACAGAGUUCUCAUUACUGCCUAAUUUGACCUACUUGGACCUGUCCUUCAAGGGCUACGUUAAGACUGGGGUGUUCAGACUGGCAAUGUAUCUGGCCCACCAGAGACUGCUGGAUGAAAAUGUGGAUGUGAUUGUUCUCCUGAUGCUUGAACCUGUCUUGCAACAUUCUCACUUCCUGCGCCUCAGGAGGAGGCUUUGUGAGAAAAGUGUUGUGGAGUGGCCCAGAACUGCAGCUGCUGAGCCCUGGUUCUGGCAGAACUUGAGAAGUGUUGUAAAAGUGGAUAAUCAAAUUAUGUACAGCAAAACUUAUAAAAAGUUUUUCAGCAGCAAGUAGGGAUAAAGAUAAUAAUUCUUGAGAAUAACCUAGUAAUUGUUUAAGCAUAUUAAACAUGUCAUUAUUUGGUAUAUAUGUCAUUGUGACUGUGAUACUUAGCAACUUUGAUCCUGCACUUUUGAAGUAAUAAAGUGGAGAUAGUAUUGUACAUGACCAUGUUUGCAUGUGUAAGUUAAAGAGGGUGGCUGUCAAAGGCAAUAAGUAUUUCAUAUCAAGAAAUAAACAAACACGUAAUCACUGACCGAGUUUACUUCUCGUUAAAAGUGACCUAAAAUUGUCUGUGUAUAUUUAGUUUUUCCAUUGUUCCUGUUCUUCAGACUGUCAUGAUAUGAAGACAAUUUAAGAUGUUACUUUGGCUCAUCAAACAGACCCACAUAUUUCAAUUUAAUUAACUAUUUUUAAUUUUUACAGGACAAAUUCACAACACUUGUUAUUAUUAGACACUUUAGAAAUACAAAUAGUCCUAGUUAUCAAACCACGCCGUCAAAUUCUUUUCAUUUUUGAAAUGGGACGUUUUCUGUUCUAGGAAAUCAAGAAUUGUAUUAAGUCAUUGACAUGCAAAAUAUCAGACUGGGGUUAUUAGGUUUGCCAUCAUCGUGAGUGUUUCAGGGUUGAGUUGU